ACAGUCACCGAACGAGUCGCGGGAAGAUCGGCAUGCUCGCUUUGCAGACGUUUACACGGAAGCAGCUGGCCACGCGGGUGCAGCAGGGACCCCGCCACCAGCUGCAUGCAAGAGUGCUGCGGUCGCAAACUGUCACCCCUCCCAAGACUAUUCCGUGGGUCAGGGGAGCAGUGAUGAUUGGAUUUCGCCCCCCCGAUGCCAUGAGCCGUCCCGUGCACUUGGACCCUCACUGCCACCACCACCACCAGCAGCAGCAGCAGAAGCGCCAGCAGCAACAUUAUUAUUCUCAUCAGACUCACCCGUAGCGGCCCGGCCCUCUCUCUCGUGUUCACGUCAGGAAGCGGAGAAGGAUGCGGGUUUGCCGUGUACCGGGCGGCACUAUAGCCCCAAUGACGCGGUGCAGCUACGAAGAGGAGAGCCGCAGCUAAGACGACAGCAGUUUCAGUCGACGGAGCGGCGGACGCCCCCGCGGGAUCUGCUACGCCAGCAGCAGGAGCAGCAACAGGCAGAGAGUGCCUCAAAACUAUCGGAUAUUCGUGUCUCCCCGUUAACCGAGUACAGCCCUGGUGGUGGUGGCGAGCGAUCUCCUGCGGCGACUUUGCCGUGCCGAGCCACGCCGUCUGUCGCAAGGCCGUCCGGCAGUGCCGAGCGAGACCCCAGUCUGCGGGAGCUGAUGACGGAGCGUCAGCGUCGUGCCGCUCUGGGCCGGGGUGCAUCACUGCCUUCCCAGCAGGAGCGGACCGGCCUCCACGAGGGUCCCGCCGGGAAUGCGUUAACGGUGACGGCACCACAAUCCCCCUUCUACUCUAAGCCACACCGCCUUUUCGCUGAUGAUCUGACGAAUGCGCCGUACCUUCCCUCGGGAGCCGCCCCGCUGCAGGCCACGCGAAAGGUUGGCGCCGGUGGUAUCACGCUGCGCCAGCUCUUUGGGCAUGAACCACCUCCCGUUGCUUCUCCCCAGGCGAAUAGAGUGUGUGGUGGGGCGGAGGCGAGGAGCUCGACCGAAGUUCUACUGAGUCGCAUUAAUAACAUGCGGGCUCAAAUGAAGUGA